GCUUGCGCUACCACCUCUCCACCACUCCCACUGUGCACACACCGUGACACCCACCCCCAAGCGCCGUUGCGAGUGUCAGCGCCAGCGCCAUUCUCAAACUCUCACUUACGCCUCGUCGUCGCUCGUCGCUCGUCGCUCGUCGCUCGUUGUCCGUCCUCCGUCUUCAACCUUUCUAUAACCUCCUCCUCAUCCAGAGUCUUGAAGACCGGUCUCGCGAGCCGGCUCUUCGCGCAGACUCCCUCCACACUCCUUCGCCAUUAUGCUUCGUCCGGCCACCCCCUUAUCCAUCCUCUUCUUUGCCGCCUUUGUUUUGCUUCUGCUGUCCACUCUUUCAACACCGAUCAUCCGCGCGAUCCCCAUCGCAAAGGUUGGAGAUGUCAAUUUCGGCGUCCUCGGAUACUGCGACAAGGAAAAGUGUGAUGGGCCCUUGGUCGGAUACAAUACUGAUGACUUGAACAUUCAGAUCUCCGAUUCGGAGUUCUCGCUCCCUUCAGCGACUCGACAUGCCCUCUCCUCUAUUCUCAUCGUGCACCCUAUUGCCGCCUUCAUGACCCUCGUCUGCUUCUCCCUCGCUGUCGCAGCACACUUUCAUUCCCCCGCGCAUUCCCCCCGUUACCUACUGGCGCUGCUCAUCCUCACCUUUCCAACUCUCCUGGUUUCCCUCCUCGCAUUCCUCGUCGACAUCUUACUCUUCGUUCCGCACUUGUCAUGGGGAGGAUGGAUUGUUCUGGCGGCCACCAUCAUCAUCGUUGCAAGCGGUAUUGUGACGUGCGCUAUGAGGAGGACUCUCGUUAGCCGUAAGGCCAGGAAGAGGCGGAUUGCAGAAAAUGCCGAGAUGAACGGGCAGAACUAUUAUGCCAACCGGGCAGCACCACCCGCAGGCGCCAUCGAUACCGGUGACAUGCUCCCGAAAGCAGAGUCUCCACCCCCAUUGUCUGGCGACACAAUGACCUCAGGAAGGGACAAGCUCCCCGAAUUCGCGACCUUUGAACUCCAGAAACAGCCCGCUUCGGACGAUAUGAUACCGCUCAAUACCCGUAAUCCUUCUCUCAAGACCGUCAGCAGUAAUGGAAGAGACCCAUCCGAGAGGAUGAUGCCUACUCGUGGACCCUCGGGACGGGGUCGCCAACCUAUCGACCAAUAUGGAAACCCAAUCGGCCCCGGUCCGGAUGAUGCCUACAUGAUGCAGAAUCAACGUCCGGGACCACCACCGAACCGAGGAGGCUCGUACGGCCGUGGCAGAGGAGGCUAUCCGCCGAGGGGCGGAUACGGACCUCGUGGCGGUUAUGGGCCACGAGGUGGCAUGCGAGGGCCACCACCACCAGGUUGGAAUGGCAAUGGAAGAGGAGGCAUGUAUCCAGGUCCAGGUCGAGGACCACCACCUCCUGGAUAUUCCAAUGAUAUGUAUGCACAAGGUGCCCCGCCCCGUCAGCAAUCACCAUAUGGCCAGCGAGGUCCUUCUCCAUCUGGAGGUAUGCAACCGCCCAUGCCCAUUGGCCAGGCGAUCGAGAUGGAUUCUCGCACUGGCACACCACCUGUCAAUCCAAUGCCGAACCAAGAGCAGCAUCAAAAUUAUGGCCUUAGAGAGAGCGAUGGUGAUGUUCAAGGCAUGUUGGCAUUGCAGCAAGGUGGUUUCCCAGGCCAAUCAACGUCGCCACCACCACAACUCCGUUCGAAGGGCCCAAGUCCAAUGAGCCCAACGAGCGACUAUUCGCAAGACGAGCAACAAUACGUGCCAGCUCGGACUGCUUGGAACAAUGGGUCCAAUCAGACCUUGCCUACAACUAGCAGCAGCAAUAGUCGGGGACUUUCGCCUAUCAUGGAUUCACCAGUAGAAUUACCAGCACAAUUGUCCAACGUUGCAGGACCGACCUCGAAUCCCAACAGGAGCUCUGAUUACUACGAAGAUGUAGAUCCCAAGUUCGCAGAAACUAAUGCCGCACCUCCAGCCUUACCUUCAUCAUUAAUGCCUGGCCCUUACACUCCCUACAAUCCGAACCAGGGUAGAACCCCACCUCCCCAAAACCUCAACAUCAGCGAUCCGAAUCUGGCCCGUAAUCCAUCUUACGAGGAUAUGCAGGACGGAUCUCGUUCCCCUGCCGCGUCGGAAGCAUCGCAUUUCACAUCUGUGUCCCAGCGCGGGGUUAACCCUAACUGGCGCCCACCGCCACCUGGUAUGGGCGGACCCCCACCACCUGGGCAAUACGGACCUUACGGUCGAAGGCCCAUGAGACAGGAAGAUGUUAUCCUUGAGGCAAAUGCAGCAAACCCAGACUUCGCUGUACCCGGAGCCGAAUUCGGACGAGGUAGAGGUCGAGGGAGGGGUGGCCGAGGCGGCCGUGGAGGUCCCAUGGGUCCAGGCAUGAUUCCCGGAGGCAGUAUUGGUAACCAGGGCAGAUACCCUGGAGCCAAUGCUAUCUAGUAGAUUCUCUUGGAUCAAUCGAUACGCAGCUAGCGACCAUUCUGGGAAAACCGAAAAGUCAUCGACUACCUUUUUCACUUGCAUACACCACCUUCUCUGUUUCGGAAGACCGUUUUUCACUUCGCUUCAUUACCUGGUCGAUACCGAGCAGUACCUUGGCCCGGUCUA